CCGCACUAUCUGGUUCCUUUUCUUUUUCACCAUGAGUACCCUUAGGAGUCUUUUUGGUACCAAAAAGAAUGAUAAAGCUACAUCCUCUCAAGCAAUGGAAAGACUUAGAAGUGUUCAGGAAAUGCUAGUCAAAAAACAAGAUUUUUUGGAGAAAAAGAUUGAAAAGGAAUUGCUAGCAGUAAAAACUCAUGGGAUGGCUAACAAAAGAGCCGCUUUACAGGCUUUGUCCAGAAAGAAGAGAUACGAACAACAGUUAACGAAGAUUGAUGGCACCUUAACUACAAUAGAAUUUCAGAUUGAGGCACUUGAUAAUGCUGGGACAAAUGUGGAGGUCAUGAAUGCGAUGAGAACAGCAUCAGAUGCCCUUAAGGCAGCCCAUAAGAAUAUGAAAGUUGACGAUGUUCACGAUAUUAUGGACGAAAUACAAGAGCAACAGGAAGUUGCUGAUGAGAUUUCUAAUGCUAUUUCUCGUCCGGCUGGCAUUAACUUGGAUUUCGAUGAGGACGAGCUCCUUGCUGAGCUUGAGGCCCUCCAGGUAAUUUUAUUAGCUUUUACUUUAUUGAUUUCCGUAUUUCUUGUACGAGACUAA